AUUAAACAUACGAACAAUUAUUGUCCUCAACUCAUUUUUGAUGAGCCUUUUCGUCUAAGUCAAAUAUCUAGUCUCAUAAGUUUUGUUGAAUAUAUGGAUAGACACUUAUCAAAUAAGAGAUCAGUCACGUAAUCUUAUAUUCAAAUAUAUAGACACUCACUGUUUUUGGAUAAACCUUAUAGUGUACUCUCAUAUGGGCGAUAAUAUGAUUCAAAAUUAAAAUCCUACUUUGCAGACGUUCAAUAAAUACGAAAAAAAUAUAAUGAUAGAAAACAGUACUAGCACUACAUCAGCAUUUACUGAAAAUAUAACAGUAAAUAAUUCCACAACAAUCAGGAAUCCAACGCAUAUAUCUGGCUUGUAUAUAUUUGGAAUUUUUGUUGCUGCUGUUGCUAUUGUAGCUUUAAUUGUACUUGUGGCUGUGUUGCUAUUUAAGCGAUUAAGAUUAAGAAGACUUAGACAUCAUUUGAUGCCUGUUUACAAUUUCGAAGCGGGUGAAGAAGCUGAUUAUUGGGAAGAUCAAUUAUUGGACCAUGAUGCCACAACUACCGCAUUUCACAAUCAAACUUCCGUCGCUAACAGACAGCUUCGUUUAAAGGUUCCGUCAAGUCCGAGCCAGAGCCCUAAAUUAAAGUUCUUCCCUCAGCCAGAUACUCCUGGUGAAUGA